AUGUGCGUUCACCGGGCUGCCCAGGCUGAUGCCCUCUCAGCUGCUGACCCUGUAGUGAGGGUCUGUAAUCAUGACUGCAGGCGCAGGAAAUUUCUUGCAUGUAUAUACCAUAAAAGAAUCCAGUCCACUAACAGAAACUGUGAAAUUACUGCUGAUGUGAGACAUGAUGGGUCUGAACCACUUGUAGAUGUUAUGUUUGCUGAUGGAGAGCGACUGUUAAUGAAGGGAGCCAACCUGACGACAAUAGAAAUGUUAACAGCGUUGGGGUCUAGAUGUAAUGCCAAAGAGCUUAAGGAAGAACAGAAAAGCAAGAAGAAGAGUCCCUGA